CGUCUGGGAAAUUUUUAGCUGAAAUCAGUACCGGCUUUUUCGACUUUUCGCUUGGAUAAAUUUUCGCGUAACGUUCAAAAUCUCACUGAGCAAUAAAUCUUAUUAAGAAAAACGCAUGGAAAAGUUACUAAUGAAUGGAUUCACCUAAGCCCUCCUGUUUUAUAGCGGUAAACAAAUUACCAGAGAAGUGCAACGAAUCCACCUUUACCUGUCGCGUCGGAUAGGAUGUCAUUUAGUCAGGAUUCAUUAAAUUCACCGCCUCAGUCUGCUAGCGCCACUUCAAACGAACGUCAGGAUCAAAAUUUAUCCGGGUCGCCAUCCCAAUCACCCCUGGAAGAAUCAGCUGAAGCUCCCACUCCAGAUAGCCCCGCGCCGUCCAGCAAUGCUUCCAUCAACGCCAGCAGCAGGCAGAGCAUCGCGGCUCGAUCGUCACAAACGCUACAGAAAAGAUCAUCACGAAUAUCACAGAAAAGCAGCACUGGCGUCGGCCUGGCAAAGUCCUCAUCAAGAGGUCCCAUGUCAUCGUCAAGCUUAGCCAAAACUUCGUCCAGAGGGCCCACGUCCACAUCAAGUGUUGCAAGAAGUUCUCCAAGGGGAUCGACAUCCAGCCUGGCCAGAACUCCCUCGGGUCCCACAUCGACAUCGAGUAUGGCCAGGACGCAGUCCCGGGGCUCCAGUGCGGGUCUCGCCAGGGGCUCCUCCAAAGGUCCGAUGACGGUGACGAGUUCGACCGCAGCGCGAACCGCAGCGGGCUCUCAGCACGCCGGCGAGUUGGACGACUUCGGCGCCGCCUCCGCCACCAACACCGUCUCACGUAACGAGGCUUCCAGCGCUGAUGCCACCGAUGACGGAGGCUUUGGUGGCACGGGGAAUACCGACCCUGCUGACACCUCUGACGCCGGGAGGUCACCUGGCGAGCUGACCCCGGCCCCGAGCGACGGAGAGGGCAUCACCGCCUCCGCCACCGCCUCAGGUCAGCUGACUCCAGUCGCCAGCCAAUCAGGACCCGGGGCCGCGAGUGUCAGCCAAUCAGCGCUCGAGUCGGACGUCCCGCCGUCGCCUCGGGCAUCAGGCCAGCUCUCUCAAACGGGAUCCGCAUUCGGAGCGUCCCCAUCACAAAAGCUAUCUCAGACAGGAUCAAAGAUUAGCGCUGCGCUAUCACAAACGUCGAGAACGGGCUCGAUUGCCAACGUCACCCCUUCCCAGACUUCAAGAGCUGGAUCGAGAGUAGACGCCUCGCCGUCUCAGGCAUCCAGAGCAGGAUCUAGAGUCGGUGUGUCAACUUCUCAAACGUCGAAGACCGGAUCAAGGGUGGGCGUAACUUCAUCACAGCGGCUCGCUCAGACCGGCUCUCGAGUGGCAGCCUCUUCAUCUUCAGAGGCCGAGCCGCUGGAGAACACCGGCUCCGUCGUCGGUAUGACGUCACAGUCCCGCGUGACGUCACGUGCCUCAAUGACGUCACGUUCCAGGGCAUCCCGAAGCGACCUCCCCGGCUCGCGAGCUUCUGUAGCAGCCAAUGGCACAGCAGUGGCUGGGUCCACUGUCGGUCUCACAGCGUCUGUUGCAGGCUCAGACUCGGGCGCAGGGAUGUCGGAGAGCGAGCGCGCAGAGACGGAGGCCAGCGCAAUGAGCUCGCCACAUCCUUCACAGACUGGCGUCACGAUGUCUUCAGCUUCAGCAGAGCGAGCCACGUCAGCGGAGGGAGCGGCGGCCUACGACAGCGGACUGGAACCGGCCAGCGACGAACAGGCGGCGUCGGCAAGUCAAAGUGGAGAGGUCGCAGCGCGUGCCAGCGGGGUGACUAGUGGUGUAACCAGUGGUGUAGCAAGUGGUGUAGCUAGUGGUGUAACCAGUGGUGUAACCAGUGGUGCAGCUAGUGGUGCAGCUAGUGGCGUAACCAGUGGUGUAGCUAGUGCUGUAGCCAGUGGUGUAGCUAGUGCUGUAACUAGCGGCGUAGCGUCACCCUCCGGCAGCGGGCGAGCAUCCCCCGCACGCAGUGGACAGUUAUCCGUAGCUCCCAGCGGUCAGGCCUCUCUUUCCGGCAGUGUGGCAGCCCUGAGCGACGCCUCAGCGUGUCCGCCUGAGGAGCCAACACCCUUCGGCGAGACGGAGGCGUCCCCACGCGCCAGCCGAGAGUCGGCGGUGAGCGCCAGUAGCGGGGACUUCCUCGGCGACUCCUCCGGCGUGCUGAGCGGGACAGAGUCGAGCCACGAGCGGCCGGCAGCGCCCGACAGCGGGCUGUGGCUGCAGAGCGAGACAGACGGAACCGGAGGCCAGGAGACCGAGGUGGAACGGGAGGAGACUGAGGUGGAACGGGAAGAGACGGAGCGGGAGGAGGAAGAACCGCAGUCGGCGGUGGAGGAAAACCAACAGGAGGAAGACGAGAGGGAAGUGGAGGAGGAGGAACCAGCACAACAAUGGAGAAGAGAGGAAGAGGUGGAAAUGAGGCAUGACGAUGACGACAAGCAAUAUGAUGAAGAGGAAGACGAACGGCAAUGGCAGGAGGAAGAGAAGGUGACACCCCGCCAGAGUGUCACCAUCCGGCGCUCGAGCGGCGGGGGUCGCCGCCGUUCCUCGGCGUCCUCCUCCUCGCGGCGCCUGUCCUCGUCCUCGUCCACAGGCCGGCGCCCGUCCUCCUCAGCGGCCGCGCACUCCUCUGCCAGUGUCUGGGACGAGGCCGCCGAGAAACUAUGGUCCUCGCCGCCCUCCAGCGGCCGACUGCCGCCGCCCUGCGCCAAACCGCCCAACAUCACCACCGUCGUGCGGCCCGGCUGCUCGACCUACCACGCCGCGUGUCGCCAGGAGACGUGGGAUCAGUUUGGGAAGCGUGGCGGCAAACGCCACUGCUGCGUGGACCCGCCGCUGCAGCUGCGGGGAAAACAGAUCCCCAUCGAGCACGCCAAGAAGGGCUGCAUCUGCGCGGCCAUCGAGAUGUACGCCACAUGUCCGCCGGUGAUCAAACCACUGAUCGGUCCCACCGCGCAGAAAUACCCGCAGAGGAAACCCAAGGUGCAGAAGCCGGUAAGCGGCGGCGGCUGCGCUCCGCCGGCAACCCGAAACCGCAGGAAGCAGCCGCCGAAGAAGGCGAAGAAGCUGAAGGAACGGGAGCAGAAGCUGGAGGAGGAACGGCAGCGGCUGAUCCUGGAGAGCGAGCGGCUGGAGGAGGAGCGUCUGACGCUGGAGGAGGAGCGGGAGUGCCUGGAGCAGGAGCGGCGCAGGGUCGAGGCGCUGGCGAAGGAGAGCCACUCGGGCGCGAUGGCCGUCUCUGAGCUGUCAGAGAGUGAGUUCCGCCGGCGGGAGGACGCUCGGCAGGCGGACGCCGAGCACAGCCGGCUGGCCAAGCAGAGUCAGAAGAUCACCGAGUCGUGGCAGCAGCUGCAGGAGCGCAUCUCCCGACAGGAGAUGGAGGACCGACGGGUGGCCAGUCAGAUGGAAACCCUCCAGAAGGAGCGGCGGGAGUCACUGAGACGGGAGGACGAAGAGCGGGAGCGACUCGAGAGGAUAGAGUCGCAGAUCGCAGAGGAAAAGAGAGCUGUCGAGGAGGACAGGAAGAGACUCGAGGAGGAGAUGAAGAGUAGAGAGAGUUUACGAGCUAUGGAACAAGAGGAGGAACAAACCCCCGGGGAGAGUGAAGGUCAGAGCGAGCCUGGCGAGGAGCGCGACGACUUCUUCGCAGGAGAAACCGAGGAUGAGAUGGUGGUAACCGAUGGUGAGAAUCACGAGCGAGGAGAAUCAACCGCCGCAGAGAGCGCUGACGAGGACCGGGAACAAAUGGAGGGCGAAGGACCACCAGCGCCUAUCGACGAAGAAGAGGAACCCUUAGCAGCAGCCGAGGCCGAGGAUGAAUCACUGGCAGCAACGGAAGGAGAGGGAGAAUCCCUGCUCACGACAGGAGAGGAGCAAACGGAGGGAGAGGGACAGACGGAGGAAGAACAGCCUACUGACGGGGACGAGCCUUCCGAGCCUGCACUCCCUGCGGACAGCGCCGAGCCAGACGAAUUCGAACCAACUCCUGCCGCAACUGACGUUGAGGAGGACACGAUCCCUCCAUCAGAGGCCGAGGGUGACGCCGACGGACCGACUGAGACCGAGGACGAGACGCUGCCACCCACGGAGACGGAAGAAGAGCCUCAGCCAUCUGACGCCGAGGCAACGACCGGCAGUCAGACGACGCUGACCGGUGACGAUGAACAGCCACCAGUAGAUGAACCAGAGCCAGCAGAACCGACAGAUGAGCCCGCAGAGGAGCCAGCAGAGGAGCCCGCAGAGGCCAGCGGCCAAGGCACGCCUCGUGCCGGCUCGGCGGGCAGCGCGGAUGGUGAGGGCAGCACCUCUCCGCCGGCUGAGGCCACAGAUGUUGAACCCGAAGAGACUCCAGCGGCCACAGACGGGGAGGAGACGACAGACGCCGGUGCUGGAGAGGACGCCGCCCCGUCUGAUACCGCUGCCGACACGGAGGGAGUGGAUACCGCAGCCGACAGCGCGGAACCACCAGAUGAGGGCAGCGCGGUGGACUCUGCACCCGAAUCCACCCACCAACCCACGGAGUCCACAGAGGGCCCUGUAGCGACCAGCGAGUCCCAGAUGAGCCCGCGAGGCUCUCAGGUCGAGACCACGGCAUCUAUUGAUAAGGACGAGCUGGACGUGGGCUGGACGGCGCCCACGGCGGGCGCCAGUUACGCCCGGGGCAGUGACGCCCAGCUGUCCAUAGUAGCAGAAUCCUCAUUGGAAGAUACCGGAGCAGGCAUUGCAGGAGCAGACGUGUCCGUGGAUAAACUGGAAACGGUUCACGAAGGAGAGAAAACGGGAGAAGAAGACAACACGGAAGGAGAGAGAACCGAAGAUGAGAAAACUGAGGAGAUGGAGAAGACAGACGGAGAGGACGGCGGAGGAGGGACAGAGACAGAGGGAGACCCUGGAGACACAUCGGAGGUGGAACAACAGCAAGAAGAGGCUCCCGGUGGGGAGACAUCAGAGCUGGAGGGAGACGCGAUGGCUGGGGAGACGACAGCAGAGACAACCGCGUCUGGAGGUGAGAUUGGUGGACAGGAGACAACGGAGGAGACACAAGAUACACAAGAGACAACGGGAGAGUUACAAGAGACAGCAGAGGAGGCGCAGGAGACGACAGAGGAGACAAAAGAGACAACCGAGACAACGGAAGAGGCACAAGAGGGACAGGAGACGAUAGAAGAGACACAAGAGACAACAGCUCACGACGGAGAGGCGGAGGCGGUGGCCGGAGGCGCCGACGGAGGCGAAUCGGAGACGGUUCUGGCAGUUCACGAGCCCGCGGAUGAGACUGGGGGAGACGCACCAGAAACCGAGGGAGACGCCCCUGGCACUGAAGGAGACGUCACUGAGAUGGAGGGAGACGCGCCAGAGACCGAGGGAGAGGUAUCCGCUCCCACUGGGGACGAGCCUGGAACCGAGGACGACUUCUUCUAAGCAACGCGAUUUUAACGGUUCAACACUGCGAUAUUGGUUAAUUUGUAAAUCGGCGCAAUCGGGAAAAUACUGUAAGAGAAGGUUUUCAAUACACACUGGAUACAAAUACAA